CCCUAAUGAUGGUCCAACUUAUUGCAUCACUCUAUCUUCUAACAUUUCCAGCAUUUUGGUUGCAAUAGUCCUUUCCUCAUUGAUCCUUUUCCAAUGGCUAGUAUUAUUUUAAGGUCUAAUGAAGUAGUUCAUGCUUUUGUCUUGUUAUGUCUCUUGGUGUUGAUGCACAAAGGUGAUGCCUAUGAAUUUGUAGUUGGAGGACAAAAGGGAUGGAGUGUUCCAAGUGACCCUAAUGGCAACCCUUAUAAUCAAUGGGCAGAAAAGAGCAGAUUUCAAGUAGGAGACUCCCUAGUGUUCAAUUACCAUUCAGGUCAAGACUCAGUAAUUCAAGUAAAUAGCCAACAAGACUAUGAUAGUUGCAACACUGAUGCAUCUUCUGAUAAAUUCUCUGAUGGCCACACAGUAAUAAAACUCAGUCAAUCAGGGCCUCAUUUCUUCAUUAGUGGAAACAAAAAUAGCUGUCUCAAGAAUGAGAAGCUAUUGGUGAUUGUGCUUUCUGACAGAACCAACAGAAACUCAAACACCAACCAAACAACAACUUCACCUUCUCCUUCUCCUUCUCCUUCUGUUUCUGUUUUUGUUUCUCCUUCUCCUUCUCCUUUAUCUUCACAUUCAUCAGAUGCAUUAGCUCCUUCACUACCACCUUCUCAGCUAGAAGGUUCAUCCCCACCACCUCCUCAGAUAGAGGGUUCAUCUCCACCACCAGUGACUGAGGUAACAAAUCCAACUCCAACUCCAGCUCCUGUUACAGAACCUCCUCCUCCUAAUGCUGCUUCUUCAAUCUUGGUCAGCUUUGUUGGUUCUGUUGGAGCACUCAUGGUUUCAGCUCUGGUUGUUUCCAAGUAAAAAGUAUGAGUGGUUGAGUAUAAUUUAUAUAUAUUUUUUCUUUAAAUUCUUUUUAGUUUUUUACUUCUCAUGGAUUUCUAUACUAUUGAGUUGGGACUUUGGUCUAAAGUUGAGGCACUGUCUGAUAUUUGGUUGUGACAACUGAGAAAUAAGCUGGGAAUAUAUAGUUAUGUACCCUUUUGUGUGCUUCUUACCUGAUGGUGUAAGAAUACUCAAUAAGUUGAACAUGAAAUAAAUAAAGCCAUUUUAUGCAGGAAUGGUAGAGUGGGUGAAUA